AUGCAUACAUUUUUUGCUUCUGUGGCACAUGUGGCGCACCAACCUGGUACACAUUUUCCGGAUGCUAUUUUUAUUGCUGAUGAAAGCCAUAUAAAAAGCUUUAACGAUUCAAAUUAUGAUUUUAAUCAUACUGCAUUUCAGAUACGUUCACCUGAAAGGAAUAAUAAUAUUUCUAUCAAGUGA